AAGUCAGGAGAUAUAGACAGAAACUGAGGAACCAAAUCUGAGAUGUCACUUUUGAUAGACCUCUCACUGGGAUUGAAAUGAGAAGUAGGAAAGAAAAAGAAAUGGAAGAAAAGAAAAAGAGAAGGAUGAGAAGAAGAAGAUGGAGAAUGAGAGAGAUGAGAAAAUAAAAAACUGAGGGAGAGAGAACAGGACCAGAUCCUCCUAGCCUCAUUAAACCCAGACAAAGAUGUCAGCCCAAUCUCUUCCCCCAGCGAUAUCUCCAUCUCAGAAACCUCCUCGAGUUACUCGUCCCCACCUUCCUUCUAAACUCCAGACCAAUCCAUCCCCACUCUUCAAUGUGGCCUCUCACCAGGCAGAAACCAUUCCACCAACCUCUUAUGAUCCGUUAAACUUAAGCUCACCCUACCCUGCUGACUCCCUCCUGACCUCUACCAAGCCCCUAGUUCUUCCAUCCAUACCAUCCCCAAAAUCUAGUGCCUUUUCCUUAGUUCCACCAGACUCUUCUUCCAGGUCUCCAAGUCCUCAGGCCCUGAGAGCUGAUCUCCCUAAGCUCCUUCCCCCAUUCCCAGCUCCCCAGAUCAAUGCUCCUGAACCUACCAAUCCCUCUCAGUCCUCAUCUCCUAAAUUCCUGUCCCUGUCCCAUCACCCCUCAGUAUCUGGCACUGUCCGGAGACUAGCUGGGAAGUUUGAGGCAGGGUCUCUCAUAGGGGGGCAAAUUGGAGAAACCCCACUUCCCAGUCUUCAAGGUGGAGUGGAUGAGAAUGGAGAGAAAGAAGAUCCUCUGGCAGGGGGUGGACCUCAGAAGAAUGGAUGUCUGGAUAUAUCUUUGUCCUGUCCACUUCGUUGUCCCUGUCUCUGCCAUUUGACACAUCCUGGCCUGGAACUUAAGUGGGUAUCUGUAGGAGACAGUAAGGAAGUCCCCCGUGCUCCUCAAUGCCCCAUCCGUUCUCUCCCCAGCCCCCCAAGUAACAAGAGCACCUCUGUUGUUCUCACAUCAUACCGAUCCAUGGUGGAGGACAAACUCCUUCCUCCUCUCACACCUCCCAAACCAAAUUGGGUCAGGAAAGAGAUCACCUACCCUGAACAUCCUCCACAGACAGACCUCAACCUGCCCUCCAAAGACGGCACUCAUCUAGGAGACAAUCUGGAGGAAAAUCCAAAGAACUCUGUGGACAGGGACCAAGAGCUGGAGGUUCUGAAUGAGCAGGAUUGGGGCCUGCCUCUGCAGGAUGAACCCUUGUACCAGACUGCUGUGCUAGCUGAAGAGCUAUGGGGAGUUGGCAAGGAUGGGAAGUUCCUCCCAACAAACCUUCGAGAGCCCUCUGAACCUCGAAAUACACUGUGGCAGGAGCUCCCUACAGUUCGGGAGAGUGGUCUCUUAAAAACCCUGAGUCCUCAGGAGAGGAAGAUGCAGGAGAGUCUAUUUGAGGUGGUGACAUCAGAGGCCUCCUACCUCCGUUCACUUCAAUUACUCAUGGACACCUUUGUGUUAAGUGCUUCCCUUCGAGAUACAUUGACCCCCCGAGACCACCAUACUCUUUUCUCUAAUGUACAUCGUGUCCAGACUGUCAGCGAACGGUUUUUGGGAGUACUGCUCUCCCGGGUAAGAAGUUCCCCUCACAUCAGUGACUUGUGUGAUGUGGUGCACAUCCAUGCUGAAGGCCCCUUCUCCGUGUAUGUGGAUUAUGUGAGGAAUCAGCAAUAUCAGGAGGAGACCUACAGACGUUUGAUGGAGACGAACAUGCGUUUCUCAGCAGAACUGCAUCGGUUGCAGAGUCUACCUCAAUGUCAGAGGCUUCCACUGCCUUCUUUCCUGCUGCUUCCCUUCCAGCGUAUCACCCGACUCCGAAUGCUGCUUCAGAACAUCCUUCGUCAGACUGAAGAGGGCUCUGGCCGACGAGAGAAUGCCCAGAGAGCCUUGGGGGCCAUAAGCAAGAUUAUUGAGAGAUGUAGUGCUGAAGUUGGGCGAAUGAAGCAGACAGAGGAGCUGAUCCGGCUCAGCCAGAGGCUGUGUUUCCACAAAGUCAAGGCUUUACCUCUGGUCUCCUGGUCCCGACGUCUGGAACUGCAAGGAGAGUUGAUGGAAUUGGGAAGUCGGAAAGGCAGGUCCCUCUUUAAUUCCCGCCCUCGACUUACUCCCCUCUGUCUCCUGCUCUUCAGUGAUUUACUGCUCAUCACUCAGCCUAAGAGUGGACAAAGGUUGUAUGUUCUGGAUUAUGCCCACCGAUCCCUGGUUCAGGCCCAGCCAGUCCCAGACCCUUCUAGUCCCCCGACUUUUCGCCUCUCACUACUCAGCAACCAUCAAGGCUGCCCUACCCACCGACUGCUCCAAACCUCUUCUCUGUCUGACAUGCAGCGCUGGCUAGGGGCCUUCCCCACUCCUGGACCCCCUCCUUGUUCUCCAGACACCAUCUACGAGGAGUGGGAUUGCCCCCAACCUCUGAGUACAAAUUCUCAUGUAACUGCCAAGACAAAGGAUCUGAGCCUGGAGCCUGGGGACCUUGUCAACCAGCUUCACAAAAGUCCGAAGGCCUGGCUGAAGGGUUUCCAUGGGUCUUAUGCUGCUCAGUUAGCAAGUGAAGUGACAGGUGAGCACACCCGACGGAAAAACUUGCAACAGCAGAAGCAGCUACUUUGAGAGGCUGGGAAGCAAUUGCACACAGCGCCCACACUCUCCAUCUCCGGGUGCUAGUGGCCGCCUCCCACAUUGUGGACCCAGGCGCACGACUCCCACUGAGGGCAUCACUUCUAGAACAGCCAAUAUGGGACUGGCAUUUCUCUGAGUAGCCAAUGAAAAUGGAGUCCUCUCACACUCCAACCAAUGAAAAUGAUAGUUUUCUGAACUGGCAACCAGUGGGAGACAGACUCGAGACAUAGGAACCACUGAAGAUAGGAACACUAUAUGUCAAUUCUUUCUUACAAAAACUGGAAAAUAAAAUCUCUUUAUUCUCAA